UUUACUCUGCCACAAUACUGUAAAAAUGUUUUUCUGAAAAUCAAUCCAUGCAAGAUUAAUCAAGGAAGGAAAUAGAAAUCUUUCCUUUCUAAAGACCUUUAUCAUGUUGAGAAUACAGUCGGCCCUCCUUAUCCGAGGGUUCUGCAUGCGCGGAUUCAACCAACCGUGGAUUGGGAAAACCUGAAAGUUGAGCACAUCAUGUCUCGUUUGAUCGCUACUUGUGGUGUGAGCGAGAGGAAGGAGCUUAAAGCUAGUCAGGGAUGGCUGGCUAGCUAUGUAAAGUACUACAGCCUCAAGGUCAUGGGAUCACAGGAGAAUCGGGAUCGGCUGAUGCCGAGGCGGCAUCAGUGUUCCCAGAAGAGCUACGAUGGUUGCGUCUGUACUGAACAUGUACAGACUUUUUUUCUUGCCAUUAUUCCCUAAACAAUACAGUAUACCAACUAUUUACAUAGCAUUUACAUUGUAUUGGGUAUUAUAAGUAAUCUAGAGAUGAUUUAAAGUAUACAGGAGGAUGUUCGUAGGUUAUAUGCAAAUACUACGCCAUUUUAUACAAGGGAUCCGAGCAUCCACGUUUUUUUGUAUCCGCGGGGGGUCCCGGAAUCAAUCCCCUGUGGAUAAGGAGGGCGGGCUGUAUUACUAGGUUGGGAAUUGAUUUUGUCUGAUCAAAGCAAUUGCUUUCUUUUAGUCUGGGGUCUAAGCCAAAUAUUUUCCUCAAUUUAUCCCUCUUCCCCCCCCCCCCCAAAGUAUUUUUAUUGGACCAUAAUUUUGUCCAUUUAAAAUCAAAUCUACUUGUUUAAAAUUAAUUUGUUGUCAGUAUUGUCCAUUAUUUGUGUUAAAUGACUCCUCAUUGGUCUUUGAUUCUGAUUGACUACUAAAGUGUUUACUUGUCAAAAACCCAGCAUAUUCAUGAAUGCCUAUAGAGAAGGGCCCCUCCUGUCCAUCACAAGUUCUGAAGGACCUGAACAAAUUUGCUUGGUUUAGGUUUGACUCCUUAAUGUCUGCUUUCUCAUUGCUGUAUCCUGAACUUUUUCGAUUAUUUUGUAAAUGGUUUGAAGUAUACCAAUAACAUAGACAGAAAAAAAGAGGAGGUCCUGAAGGAAGAUUACUGGGAGCUAGGAAGAAAAUUGAAAAGCCGGACCUCCAGAGUAAUAAUCUCAGGAUUACUGCCUGAGCCAUGCGCUAAUGAAGGUAAGAAUAGCAGAAUUAAGCAGAUGAAUGUGUGGCUAAGUAACUGGUGCAGGGGGCAGGGCUUCAAAUUCUUGGAUCAUUGGGACCUAUUUUGGGGGAGUUAUGACCUAUACAAAAAUGAUGGGUUACACCUGAACUCAAAGGGUACUAAUAUCCUGGUGGGAUUGUUUAAUAUAGCUGUUAGGGAGGUUUUAAACUAAGUUGACAGGGGGAAGGAAACCAGGGUGUGAGGGUCGAGGAAGAGGAAGAUAGAAAUAAGUCAAAGAUACUGUACAGCAAAGAUGGCAAGAAGGACAGGCAGGUGAAUAGACAGGAUAAUUUCCUGGGCGAUAGAAAUAUAGCAAAAUCAGUAACAGAUACCGAUCUAAAUGUACUUUACUGAAAUUCACACAGCAUCAGAAAUAAAGUGGAUGACCUUGUUGUACAGCUACACAUUAAAAGAUAUGACAUUGUGGCCAUCACUGAGUCAUGGGUAAAUGAUGGAAGUGAUUGGGAGCUGAAUGUUCAAAGAUACACAGUGUAUAGGAAAGAUAGGAAGGUAGGUAAAGGGAGUGGCCUGGCCCUGAUCGUAAGCAACAUUAUCAAAUCACUAGAAAGAAGGGACAUAGGAUCAGAAGACGUAGAAUCCCUAUGGGUCGAGUUAAGAAAUGGCAAGGGUAAAAAGACACUAAUAGCAGUUAUAUACAGACCUCCAAACGGCAGCCAGGAUGUGGACUACAAGUUACAGCUGGAAAUAGAAAAAGCAUGUCAGAAGGAAAAUGUCAAGAUAAUUAUGGGGGAUUUUAAUAUGAAAGUGGAUUGGGAAAUUCAGGAAGGUACUGGAUCUCGGGAGAGGGAGUUUGUAGAAUGCCUACGGGAUUGCUUUCUGGAGCAGCUUGUCCAUAAGCCCACCAGGGGAUUGGCUGUUUUGGACUGGGUGCUGUGUAAUGAGCCUGAGGUGAUUAGGGAGCUAGAGGUAAUGGAAACCCUUGGAAGUAGUGAUCAUAAUAUGAUUGAGUUCAGUUUCAAAUUUGAAAAGGAGAAGCUGGUAUUAGGUGUAUCGAUAUUUCAGUGGAACAAAGGAAAUUACAGUGGUAUGAGAGAGGAACUGGCCCAAGUUGAUUGGAAAAGAAAGCUAGAUGGAGGGACGGUAGAGUAGAAUUGGAUGAAAUUCCUACAAGAAAUAAGGAAAGUGCAGGAAAAAUAUAUUCCAAGAAAAAAGGAAAUCAUGAAUGGAAAAAUGGCACAAAUGUAGCUAACUAGACAGGUUAAGGCUAAAAUAAAAGCAAAAGAGAAGGCACACAAGGAAGCAAAAGAGAAGGCAUACAAGGAAGCAAAAAUUAGUGGGAAAACUGGAUAACUUUUAAAAACUUGCAGAAGGAAACUAAAGUCAUUAGGAAAGAAAAAAUGAAUUAUGAAAGGAAGUUGGCAAUUAACAUAAAAAAGGAUACUAAGAUUUUUUAAAUAUAUGAAGAGUAAAAGAGAGACACGGGUAGAUAUAGGACUGAUUGAAAAUGAUGCUGGAGAAUUACAAUGGGUAACAAAGAUAUGGCAGAGGAAUUAAAUGAUUAUUUUGCAUCAGUUUUCACAGUGGAAGACAUUAGCAACAUACCUGAUAGCCAGAGGUCUCAGGGAAUAGAAUUAGGUACAGUCAAGAUUAUUAGAGAGAAAGUGCUUGGGAAGCUGAAUGGACUAAGGAUAGAUGUCUCCUGGACCGGAUGAGGUGCACCCACAGGUUCUGAAGGAGGUGGCUUUGGAGAUUGUGGAGGCAUUGGAAAUGAUCUUCCAGGAAUCAAUAGACUCUGGCAUGGUUCCGGAGGACUGGAAGGUUGCAAAUGUAGUUCCGCUGUUUAAGAAAGGAGGGAGGCAGCAAAAAGAAAAUUACAGACCUAUUAGUCUGACAUAGGUAGUUGGAAAACUAUUGGAGUCAAUCCUCAAGGACAAGGUUAUGAAAUACCUCGAGGUGCAUGACAAGAUGGGCCCAAGCCAGCAUGGUUUCAUGAAGAGAUGAUCCUGCCUCACCAACCUAUUGGAAUUUUUUGAGGUAAUCUCAAAUAAGAUUGACAAGGGAGAGGCUGUGGAUGUUGUGUAUUUGGAUUUUGAAAAGGCCUUUAAUAAGGUGCCGCAUAAGAGGCUGCUUAAUAAGAUGAGAGCCCAUGGAAUUACAGGAAGGAUAUUGGAAUGGGUGGAGCAUUGGCUGAUAUGCAGAAAGCAAAGGGUGGGAAUAAAGGGAUCCUAUUCUGGUUGGUUGCCGGUUACUAGUGGUGUUCCGCAGGGGUUGGUGUUGGGGCCGCUUCUUUUUACACCGUAUAUCGAUGAUUUAGAUUCUGGAUUAAAUGGUUUUGUGGCUAAGUUUGCGGAUGACACCAAGAUAGGUGGAGGAGCAGGAAGUGUUGAAGAAAUGGAAAGGUUGCAGAGAGACUUGGUCAGUUUAGGAGAGUGAGCAAAGAAAUGGCAGAUGAGAUACAAUGUUGAGGAAUGUAUGGUUGUACAUUUGGAAGAAGAAAUAAUCGGGCAGAUUAUUAUUUAGAUGAGGAGAAAAUUCAAAAAUCGGAAGUGCAAAGGGACUUGGGGGUCCUCAUGCAGGAUACCUUAAAGGUUAACCACCAGGUUGGAUUGGCAGUAAGGAAAGCAAAUGCUAUGUUGACAUUCAUUUCAAGAGGAAUAGUGUAUAAGACUAAGGAGGUGUUGAUGAGGCUCUAUGGGGCACUGGUGAGACCUCAUUUAGAAUACUGUAUGCAGUUUUGGGCCCCCAUCUUAGAAGGGAUGUACUGAUGUUGGAGAGAGUUCAGAGAAUAUUUAUGAGGAUGAUUCCCGGAAUGCAGGGGCUAACAUAUGAGGAGUGUUUGUCGGCUCUUGGACUGUAUUCAUUAAAGUAUAGAAGAAUGAGAGGGGAUCUCACAGAAACAUUUCGAAUGUUGAAAGGGUUGGACAGAGUAGAUGUGGAAAGGCUGUUUUUCCUUGAUGGGUAAGUCCCGGACAAGAGGCCACAGUCUUAGAAUUAGAGGGUACCCAUUUAAAACAGAUGAAGAGAAAUUAUUUUUUUUAGCUAGAGUGUCGUGGAUUUAUGGAAUUCAUUGCCACAUACAGCUGUGGAGGCCCGAUCAUUGAGGAUGUUUAAGGAGGAGAUUGAUAGGCGUCUAAUUAGUCAGGGUAUCGAGGGAUAUGGGGAAAAAGUUGGAAAUUGGAACUAGAUGGGAAAAUAGUUUAGCUCAUGGUGGAGUGGCGGAGCAGACUCGAUGGGCUGAAUGGUCUACUUCUGCUCCUUUGUCUUGUGAUCUUGUGGAUGCCAAAGGUUUAUUGUUUUAAUAGGUUUAAUGCAUCAUAUCUGACCAUAGUAAAUGAAGCAAAGCUCAGAAAGUUCAAAGUAAAAUUUAUUAUUAGCGUACAUACAUGUCACCACAUACAACCGUAAGAUUCUUUUUCCUGCGGGCAUUUUUAGCAAAUCCAUAGAACAGUAACUAAACAGGAUCAAUGAAAGAGCAAGAGUGUAGAAGACAAACUGAAAUGGAAGUAUAAAUACAUAGCAAUAAAUAACAAGAGCAUGAAAUAACAAGAUAGAGUCCUUAAAGUGAGAUUAUUGGUUGUGGGGCAACCGAUAGGUAAAUUGUACAAUCCCAAGACAAAGGGGGUUGUGUUCAUAUUGCACAAUUCUGUUUAUAUUACACGAAUAUCAAGUUACAACAGGAUCAUUUAGCUCGGGAGUCAUUCAAUAAAAAUGGACAGUGCACUUUUUGCCUGGAUUAAAUUGAAAUUCCCACCCUGCAGUUCUGUCAACUUUGAGCAAAAAUUCAACCACAGUAUCAAAACGAUCAAGGAAACUUUUUAAGCAGCAGCAUUUUGAUUGCAAACGCACUUCAGUGUGAAGAAGCAAGUGUUCAAACUCUUCAUCGUUAUCUUGGGAUAACUGGCAGAAUAUUCUGCUAUUUAAUGGAUCAGCUUUAAUUGUGUUGAUAGCAUAUAUUACAAAAGGCAUGCUUGAAAGAAGUUGCUGGCUGAAGUUUUUGACCAUGAGAUGUUGACGGUGAAUUACACUAUGGAUUGCAAACAGAUUUGGAAUUUCUCUUUUCAUAAAUGCUACUAAACCAGCAUGGUGACCUGUUGUAUAUCGUGCUCCAUCUGUUGCACAAGCAAUCAUGUUCCUAAUCGGAAUACUUCUAUCUUCAGUAUACAUUUCGUGCUCCUCGUAGAUUGAUUUUCCAUUGAUAUUUAUUUUUAACUUUUUACAGAAGAGAAUGUCUUCAUAAACUUUUAUCAUUUUUGAUAAACCAUACAUGUGCCAUUAGCAAUGCCUUGUUGUUUUGCACAGUUGACUCAUCCAGUUGUAUCCCAAAUUCUGAUUUUUGUAGCUCUGUGUAUAGUUGAUGCUCAAAGUCGUCACUCAUUUCGUCAAUACAAUGUGCUACAGAGUUAUUACUCAGAGGAGUUGAUUUUUUUAAAAUAUUGGUGUCCAUUUUGAGAACAGUGGAGAGCACUUCUGAUACAGCAGGCAUUAUUAAUCUUUCACUAAUUGUAUGUGAUUUUCCACACUUUGCUAUCAUUGUGGAAAUGUUAUAAGAAGCAAUGAGACCACUAUCAAGGUCAUUUUUAGCUUUCUUGCCAAAUGACUUGAGUGUGCAACAUUUUUCAAAUACUUCUUUAAUCUUCUGGAACUGAGUAAUAACAUAAGUAGUCUUUUCAGGGUGUCUUUUACGGAAGUGUGCCUGCAAUUCUGAUGGUUUCAUGGCUUCAUUAGACAGUACAGUAUUACAAAUGAGAAACAUAGGGUGUCGCUGAUCAGACGGAAAAGGAAUAAAACCGUACUCCAGGCUUUUCGGCAAGUUAUCUUUGAUGAAAGGUGUACAACAAAGCCUCUGGAAUUGAGCUUGGAAGUUUUCAGAAACACUUGAAAGAAUGGGUAUGAGAAUUAAACUACACAGCGCUGACCACCCGAAUAAUCUUCUGAAGGAACUCAAUAAGUUUAGGCUCUCUGAAAUCAUGUGUGAUGUAAUCAUUGUGGUCGGCAACAGAACAUUUUCAGCACAUAAGUCAGUGUUGGCAUGUGCUGCUGGUUAUUUCCAGAACCUCUUUUUGAAUUCGGAAGUUAACUCUGUAAGAACGUAUGUUGUAGACUUUAUUACGCCAGCAAAUUUUGAAAAGGUCUUGAAUUUUAUCUACACAGCAGAGCUUUUCACAGAUCUCAUCAACGUUGGUGUAAUCUAUGAGAUGGCAGAGAAGCUGGGAAUGCAUGAUCUUCUGAAGGCCUGUUACUGUACAUUCCCUGACCUGGAGAAAACUGAUACCAGCAAAGUGACAGAACAGUCAACCGAAGAGUAUGCACUUCUCACUGGGACCUCAAAUGAACAAAAUCCCCCUGUGGGAAACUCAAGGACCACAGGGUCUCAGUUUUGUCAAAAUAGAGGUUAUAUCAUGCAGGUUGAAGUGGGAGAGGAUUUUAAAAAUGAAGAAAGAAACCUUGCCAAUGAAAAUGGUUCAGAUGUGCCAGUGAUGUACCAGCAGUCAACAAAAACUGAAGAUAACUUGACAAUGGAGUACAGCCAGUCCACAUCUACCGAAAAUGUUUCACUGGCCUCAAGUAAAGGUCCUUGUGAGCUGUAUGAGAUACAAAGUAAUGGAUAUUAUCAAACAAAUUUAUUGAGGGGAGGAGAAUCUAUCAAAGAGAGUGGUAGUUCCUCUGCUGAAAACAAUGUUGACCUCCAAGGUCAUGCAAUGAAGGAAAUGGAGUGUAUGCAGUUUGAAGGUAUUGAACCUGAUGACCUUAAUUUUGAUGUGCACCAGGAGAAUAGAGGUCCUUCUGAAGAAAUAAUAGAGCUCACAGAUGACAGUGAAGAUGACAGUCUUGUCUGUAUUAAGGACAGCAAUAGUGACGGAAAGAGCAUGCCAUGCCAGGUGUGUGGAAAGGAGUUACCGGCUAACAUAGGUUUGAUUCGACAACAUGGUAAACUCCACAUUGAUGCGAAGGAGGGGCUGUGCAAAGUGUGUGGGGCAAAAUUCACUGACAGAAGUUCUCGAAUCACCCAUGUUUUGUCUCAUGUUGGAAUCUUCCUCUUCUCGUGUGAUAUGUGUGAAAUGAAGUUUGUAACGCAGUGGCAAGUGGCUGGACACAGGAAAGCAAAACCAUAUGAUAGUAAUAUUAUUGUCCAGCCGAAUACCAUGCUGCCACCUGAACCCAAUUUUGGGAGCUCUCCAACAGAACUUUUCUGUGCAGUCUGUGGAAAGGCCAUGGCUAAAAACUACCUUGCUGUGAAAGAGCACAUCCUUUCUCACCUUGACAUGAAAAGUCUUUCUUGUUGUGUCUGUGAACAGCCAUCAAGAUCUAUUUGUAGCCUAAUGUGGCAUGUACUGUCCCAUAUGAGCAUAUGUAUUUUUUCCUGUUCUGUGUGUGGUAAUAGCUUUGUAGAUCGAACUGCCCUAGAGCAACACAUGGCCUCUCACCAGGGUAUGGAGUAUUUAUUUGAAUGUAAUUUUUGCAGCAGAAAGUUCCGAUUAGAAGCCUCUUACCAAAACCAUGUGAAGAUACACAAGAGGUACAGCUCAGACAGCACAAAGGGUCUUGCAACUCAACACCAAUGGCUCAAAAAAACCUUAACAACAUCACCCUCAGAUGAGUCUACCAGUAAUACACACGUACCUGCUCUAAAGCAAGAGACGCCUCUCACCCUUCCCUUAAACCAUGGCAAGAUCAUUUCCAAAGGGAACUGGUAUGAAUGUGAGUUUUGUAGGAAGAGGUUUUCCCAUUCUAGUGAGUUUCAGUAUCACCUACGAAUUCACUCAGGAGAGAAGCCCUAUGAAUGCAAGCUGUGCCACAAGUUCUUCAGAGGGCGAUCAACUGUAAAAAACCAUCUAAAGACUCAUUCUGGUGCCCUCAUGUAUUGCUGCACAGUUUGCCAGAGAUACUGUCCCACUUUGAAUCUCAUGAUUAAACAUGUGGAGAUGCACAAAGAUGGAGGUCUGCCUCCUGACUUCAAUAUUGCUCAGACUUUUAUGUACAUUGUGCAUUCCAAACAGUCAGUAAAAAUGAUGGACUAAUAUUUUAUUUGAAAAAGAACUAGGCUUAAUGAAAAACUGUAUUCAGGAUUAGUAUCAAAGAAAAUCUUGUUUAAUAAACACUAGAAUCUUCAGAAUUUAAAGGUUUUUCUUGAGAGGUGUUCAUUGCUAGAACUUUAUAAAAUUGUUUCAGUUGUCACUAACUUGCUGUGCUAAUGUAAGCGUGGAAUAAUUAGUUUACUACUUUUCUGUGUGUGAGGAGAGUGAUGGGGUUGUAAAAUGAUAGUAGAAUUAUUGUGUCUGGGCAAAAUAAAAUGUCCAAACUGUACUGUAAUUUGAGCAUCAAAAUCUACCCUGACACAGGACACUAGUUUCAAGUUCUCAGUGUCAAAACAUGAGCUUGCAUUGUACAGUUGAAUGUUGCUAUUACAGUCUCCUGAGAAUUGAGAGAAUUGUUGGAGCAGUGAGGGAAGGCCUUAAAUCUUACUGAGUUUUUCACUGUUUGCUAGCCAUUUAACUAGAUCCAAGGGAAAUUUUAUUUUAAUAUGACUCUGGAUCCUGUCGUUACAUUCUGCUUGGAUGUUGUCAAAAUUGAUUUUCUGCUACUGCUGGUAAAUGUGUUACUAUCAGAAAUUGCAUGCAGAAUUUCAAAACUGCAAUGAUUUCUAAUUUGAUUAAGCUCUCACCAUGGCAGAGAAGGUUUAAGUAAUGCAGACUCAUUACAGCGCUUACUAGCUGUGGUAGAAAUUCCAAUUAGCAGUAAAGUAUGUGCCACGGACUUCAGACUAAUCUUUCUGUAAUUUAUAGAAUCAUACAGCAAAUGGCCUAUUUGGCCCAACACAUCUGCACUGACCAGUGGGCAUCCUUUUGCAUUAAUCCCAUCGCUCAGAGCAAAGGACCAAAUGUUGUGCCUAAGUGGUUCAGCAAUUCGAGGCUUAUCUAAAAGCUUAUUAAUUGCUGUCAGUGAUCCAGCUUCAGUCUCUCUACCUUGACAUCUUCCCCUGUAUAUAUCUCCCUCUGGCAAUGUACUCCAGGUACUUCCCGCACUUUGGGUGAAAAAGAUGCCUCUUGUGUCUCCUGUGAAGUUCUCUCUGCCCCACCUCACACACACUAAACCACGUCCUCUGGCUUUACCUCUAAUAGGGCAGACUGCAGGAAACAUUUCCCCAUAUCAAUACCUCUUAUAAUAGGGUGGCACAGUAGUGUAACAGUUACUGUAAUACUAUUGCAGCACUAGUGACCUGGGUUCAAUUCCACUGGUGUCUACAAGGAGUUUGUACAUUCUCCCUUUGACCAGGUGAGUUUCCUCUGGGGGUGCUACAGUUUUCUCCCAAGACAUAGGGAUUGGUAGGUUAAUUUAUCACAUGGGUAUAACUGGGCAGCAUGCACUCGUUUGGCUGGAAGGGCCUGUUAUUGUGCUGUAUUUCUGAAUAAAAAUAAUUUUAUAAACCUCAGUAAUAUCCUUUCUUAACCCCAUCCGUUCCAGGGAGAGAAAAUAAUUCAUAUUAGUCAGACAGAACUUGUCCUUGCAGUGCCGUGUUAGCUAUCUGAUUUGUCCCUGCUCUCCAAGUGAUCCAAAUGUUAAAAGGCCUAAACAGAUUAGAUAUGGCAAAGUUAUUUCCUAUGGUAGGGGAGUCUUGGACAAGAGGGCACAACUUCAGGAUUGAAGAUCGUCCAAUUAGAACAGAUGUGGAGAAAUUGCUUUAGCCAGCGGGUGGUAAAUCUGUGGAAUUUGUUGGCAUGCACUGCUUUGGAGGCCAAGUCAUUGGGUGCAUUUAAGGCAGAGAUAGAUAAUGCAUCAAAGGGUAAGGGGUGAAGGCAAGGGGAAUGGGGAUGACUGGAAGAAUUGGAUCAGCCCAUGAUUGAAUGGCAGAGCAGACUCGAUGAGCUGAAUGGUUUACUUCUCCUAUAUCUUAUGGUCUUAUGAUGAUUAAUCCUCUCCCUCAGAAUUUUCCCCAGUAUCUUCUCUAUCAGUGAUGGUGGGUUCACAGAUCUAUUGUUAGGUUUUGCCCUGCUGCCUUUCCUGUAAAGGGGAGCCUUGUUUGUUGUCCUUGGCUGUACUUGCUGCCUCCCCAGCUUUUACCCUGAACACAUUAGUCCUAAAAUCUUGCUAUUUCUCCUUGGAUGCUUCUCACUGUACAGAUGUAGACUUGCCUGCAAGAAGAUGCUCCCAAUCUAUGUUACGUCCUCCUUUAUGGUAGUGAAAUUGGUCUUUCCCCAGAUUAAGACCUUUAUCACUGGUCUAUUGCUACUCUCUUCUAUAACCACUUUAAAAUGUAGUGUUUGGUCAUGAUCUCUAAAAUAAUCCUCCACUGAUGCUCACUCUACUUGACCAGCCAAAUUCCCCAAGAUAAGGUCCAGCAAUGCUUCUUCCCUGGCUAUUUCCAAAAGCUCUCCUGGACACACCAUGAAAAAUUUUAUCCUGAACCUUUUAAUCUAAGGCAAUCCCACUUAAUAUUUGGGUAAAUUGUAAUCCUCCGGUACAAUAAAUUUUUUACGGCAUCUCUCUGAUAUCUGCUGACACAUCUGUUCCUCUAUCUCCUGUUGACUCUAGGGAAGUCAGUAAUCAAGAUGCUGACACCCUAUUUAUUCCUGGUCUCUACCCAUUUGGCCUUGUUUGGGGAACUUUUUAUAAUAUCUCCCUCAAUGUUGCACUAAUGCAAUCUUCGACUAACAGUGCAAUACCUCCUCUCCUCUUUCUUGCCUCAAUCAGUUGACCUUUCCCCAAAUUAAACCCUUUAUCACUGGUACAGAGUUGCCAGACCUGCCCAUCCUUCAACUAUGUCUCAGUGAUGGCAACAAUAUUGUAGACCCUCUUGUUAAUUAAAGCUCUGUAUCAUAUUUAAGACUGAUUAGGCUGGAUAUGUGGAGAAUGUAGCCAGAAGUGUUAUUUCUUCAGAAUCAGAUUUAAUAUCGCUGGCAUAUGUUGUGAAAUUUGUUAACUUUACAGCAGGAGUACAAUGAAAUACAUGAUAAAUAUAGAGGGAAAAAAACUGAGUUACAUUAAGUAUACAUGUCUAUUAAAUAGUUAAGUUGCACUACUUAUUCUAAAAAACAAAGUGAAGUAAUGUUCAUAGGUUCAAUGUCCAUUUUGAAAUCAGAUGGUGGAGGGAAGAAGCUAAGCCUGAAUUGCUGAGUACCUUCAGGUUUCUGUACCCCCUUCCUGAUGGUAACAGGGUGAAAAUGGCAUGUCCUGGGGCAUGUAUUUAGGAAUACAACAUAGUUACAGGCCCUUCCAGCAUAACGAGCCUGUGCUGUCCCCAAUUACACCCAUGUGACCAAUUAACCUAUAAAUCCAUUGGGAGGAAACCCACACAGUCACAGGAAAAACAUACAAACUCCUCACAGACAGCAGCGGAAUUGAAACUAGAUCAGCAACACUACAUUGGUGUUAUGCUAACUGCUAUGCUACUGUACUGCCCAAAUUGCUUUCGAGUACAUAACUAUUACAGUGGAGCAAAUAUAUCUUGUAAUGAUUCUUCAUUGAUAAUAGAAAUUGGUUUGAUUCUUGUCUGCCAUUUUUCUAAUAGAGGUGUGUGGAAUCCUUUGAGGUUGUGUUUGCAAGUUUGGAUUGAUCUCGAAGAGCAAUGGAUGCUUGUGAAGACAACUUCAGCACUAAACAAACAUCUGACGUCCACCAUCUGGAAGAACAAAUGCAGUAGGAACAUGGAGGGCAACUUGAAGAAGAGCUGUUCCUAAAUUGCAUACCAACCAGUCAUAUUUUAGCAUCAAAAUUCUGAAGCUCCAUACCCAACAGCUCCUUCUCCAGAUCUGCAGCAGUUCAUCACCACCUUGCAGGCAGUAUCAACAGGUAGCAAAUGCUGGUAGUGCCAGUGAUGCUUACAUCCCAUAAGUGAAUAAAAAGACUUUUGGUUCUAGAGAUCUGUUACUGAAUUGAUUGAAUAUAAUGCAAGUGAUUUAUAUUUUUGUUGAUACAAUGGAUUUGGUCACCGAAUUACAGGAAGGAUAUUAAUAAGGUUGAAAGAGUGCGGAGAGGGUUUACAAGGAUGUUGCUGGGACUUGAGAAACGGAGUUACAGAGAAAGGUUAGGACUUUAUUCCCUGGAGCAUAGAAGAAUGAGGGGAGAUUUGAUAGAGGUAUAUAAAAUUAUGAUGGGUAUAGAUAGAGUGAAUGCAAGCAGGCUUUUUCCACUGAGGCUAGGGGACAAAAAAACCAGAGGACAUGGGUUAAGGGUGAAGGGGGAAAAGUUUAAAGGGAACAUUAGGGGGAGCUUCUUCACACAGAGAGUGGUGGGAGUGUGGAAUGAGCUGCCAGAUGAAGUGGUAAAUGCGGGCUCACUUUUGACAUUUAAGAAAAACUUGGACAGGUACAUGGAUGAGAGGUGUAUGGAGGGAUAUGGUCUAGGUGCAGGUCAGUGGGACUAGGCAGAAAAAUGGUUCGGCAGGGCCAAGGGGCCUGUUUGUGCUGUAAUGUUCUAUGGUUCUAUGGAUUCACAAUUUGUGUGGUGAUCUGUUACACUGCAAUAUGAAGCAUUUUCAGUUCUUUUGUCAUAAAACUAUUUAUGAAACUAUUUCUGAAAUUAGAUAUCAAGCAGAUGACCAAAUCAAUUUACUAGAAUUCAUUUAACACCACAGAUUCCGCAGUUGCUGGAAAUUUUACUGAACUGGCUGGAGGAAAAAUAUAGUCAUUUUUAGGUUCAUGUUAGGCCUUCCCAUCUGGCAUCAAGUCUUGGUUUGACUAUCACCAGCAUUUAUUCUAACACACCCACAAAUGUAUUGGGUCAACUGAUGCGUGGCUGGCCAAAGGCAUUUUCAGAUUUAAGUUGAAUCUUCCAGGGAAUUACAUAGAACAUUACAGCAUAGCGCAUGCAUUACAUUUCCAGGGCUGUGCUGUAUUAACUACUGUUGGAUGCAAGAAGGAUAUUGUGAGGAGUCUGAAGUUUGCACUAGAAGUCUGUCACCAAUAUAAUCAAUAUUAAAGGGCAGAUGUGUAACCUGUUGUACCGCUAAAUUUGGUAAAAGUUCCCUUUGUGCAGUUAAUUUGGCAUUCUCUCUGGUCAGCCCGAUAGUGCAUCUAGUGGAGCUGUGAAGUCAGAGCCUCUGCUUUCUGUGUGAAGUUUGUACAUUCUCUCUGUCACUGGGUUUUCUCCAGAUGCUCUGUGUUGUGGAAAAGAAAUAUCUCAGGAGCAGCAGACAGGCCGACUCAAGAGAAUUGUUUCAGACUAAAGGGUAUUAUUACAUGAUAUCAUGGAGAGCUCAGGCACCUAAAGCAGAGUUCUGAGACUCUGCUCAACAAUGGAUGACACUCCUAUUUAUACCCCAGGUGUACGUGACAAGAAGCACUUAAAUCUUAAAAAGAAGGGAACUUCAACUACAACUCUUUAGAAUAAUGAAGUUGCACUAUAUGUUCUUGAGCGGUUAUACAUGUUCUAUAGUAUAUCAGGCUUUCCCAAGUGCAGAUGUGAUGAUUCUUAGAACAAGGAAGCAUAGACGUAGUUAUUUUCCCAUCCCAUCUACAAAGCACAUUUCAGUCACACAGUGUACAUUAGCCGCAGGUAAGUGAUUAGAGACUUUGAAUUCACAUACUAAAAGGAGGUCAUUAACCCCUUAAUGUUCGUCACAAUGUCUUACUGUUUUUCUUCCACACUCUGGCUUCCUCACUCCCAAAAAUGGACAGACUGUAAAUUGCUGUUGGUGUGUAUCUUUCAUCUUGCCACCUUUCACCUGUAUUAAUGUUGUUUAUUCUCAGGAUCAGAGACUUAAUCAAUUCUAGAUGGAAACAAGAGAAAUGAAGUCAGAGCACCGUAGAGCCAAUUAAAUACUUUUGAAGUGUAGCCACUGUUGUAAUACAGCCAAUCUGCGCGCACACCCAUAAACAGCAAUUAGAUACUGAUCAGUUAAUCUCUAUUUAGUGAUACUAGUUGAGAGAUAAAUACUUGCCAAGAUGUUAGGGAUAAUUCCCCUUCUGUUCUCCAAAGUGAUACCAUGGGAUCCUUUGAGACAUGUAUCUUCACUGUUACUGGAUCUAAAUCCAGAGCUCUACCAACAGCCCUCAAGAGUACCUCACCAGAAGGACUGCAUCAGCUCACCCCCACCUUCUCAGGGAAUUAGUAAUGCACACAGUGCUUCCACCUGUGCACCACUCUAGUGGAGUGCCAGCCUGGAUUCUUGUACAUAAUCUCUGGUAUUGAUCUCAAAAUUAGAACAACACAGUGAACUAUAUAGAUUUUUCUUAUUUCUGCCAUGCAUUGUUAUGUAGUAUUUGGUUUGUAAUAUUUACAUUUGGCAAAUUUAUGACAGAUCAAUAAUUUAGAAUUGUUAAGGCUACUGGGUCUAUUGACUGCAGUAUUUUGUCUGGUAGUCUUGGGGUUGAUUGCUUGUAUCUGAUCAAAAUGACUAUGGACAUAUUUAGAUGUCCUCUUGUGUUGUUUAGGCUAUCCAUGACUUCAGUUGUACACUACGGUGUUGACUCUGAUCCCUGAAGUGGCCUUACUAAUCACUCACUCGCUGGGGCUAAUUUGUGCUUUUUGGACAAUAUAGAUGUUGGGACAAGCUGGAAUGAGAAAGGAAAAUGCUGGAAAUAACUCCACAUCUGUGGAGAGAGAAACAGUACAUCUGUCUGAUGACCCUGAAUCAGAACCAGCUACUAUAAGACCAUAAGAAUAUAAGAUAUAGGAGCAGAAUUAAGCCACUUGGCCCAUCAACUCUGCUCCGCUAUUUCAUCAUGGCUGAUCCAUUUCUGUCUCAGCCCCAAUCUGCCUUCUCCUUGUACUCCUUUAUGCUCCGACUAAUCAAGAAUCUAUUAACCUCUGCCUUAAAUAUUCCCAAAUCCUUGGCCUCCACAGCCCCCUGUGGCAACAAAUUCCAAAGAUUCACUGCUCUCUGGUGAAAUAAAUUCCUCCUCAUCUCCGUUCUCAAUGGCCGUCCUUCUUCUGAGGUUGUGUCCUCUGGUCUUAGAAUUCCCCACCAUAGGAAAUGUAUUCUCCACAUCCACUCCUGUUUAGGCCUUUCAACAUUUGAUAGAUUUCAAUGAGAUACCCGCUCAUUCUUCUGAAUUCCAGUGAGUAUAGGCGCAGAGCCAUUGAAUGCUCCUCAUAUGAUAAGCCUUUCAAUCCAGGAAUAAUUUUGGUGAACCUCCUCUGAACCUUCUCCAAUGUCAGCACAUCCUUUCUUAGAGAUAAGGGGCUUAAAACUGCUCACAAUACUCCAAGUGAGGCCUCACUAGUGCCUUCUAAAACAACAGCAUUACAUUCCUGCUUUUAUAUUACAGUCGUCUCAAAAUGAAUGCUAACAUUAUAUUUUCCUUCCUCACCACCGACUCAACUUGCAAAUUAACCUUUAGGGAAUACUGCGGGAGGACUCCAAAGUCCCUUUGCACCUCAGAUUUUUGAAUUUUCUCUCCAUUUAGAAAAUGGUGCUUUGACCAAAGUGCAUGACCAUACACUUCUGUACACUGUAUUCAAUCUGCAACUUCUUAGCCCAUCCUAAUCUCUCAAGUCCUUCCCUACUUCCUCAAAUCUACCUGUUCCUCCACCUAUUUUCAUAUUUUCCAUAAACUUGGCCAUAAAGACAUCAAUUCCAUCAUCUAAAUUAUUCACAUGUAACAUUAAGAAGAAGCAGUCCCAACACAGACCCCUGGUCACUGGCAGCCAACCAGAAAAGACUUACUUUAUUCCUACUCUUUAUCUCAUGCCAAUCCAUCACUAGUAUCCAUACAUAUCUUUCCUGUAAUACCAUGGGCUCUUAACCUGUUAAGCAGCUUCAUGUGUGGCAGCUUGUCGAAGACCUGAAACUACACAGCAUCCACCGGUUCUCCUUAGUCUCUCUGGCUAGAUAUUUCUUCAAAGAAUUCCAACAGAUUUUUCAGGUAAGAUUUUCCCUAAGGAAACCAUGCUGGCUACAGCCUAUUUUAUCAUGUGCCUUGAAGUACCCUGAGACCUCAUCCUCAAUAAUCGACUCCAAUAUUUUCCCAACCACUGUGGUCAGACUAACUAGCCAAUAAUUUCCUUUCUUCUGCCUCUUUCCAUUCUUGAAGAGUAGAGUGACAUUUACAAUUGUUUGGUCCUUUGGUACCAUGCCAGAAUCCAUUGAUUCUUUAAUGCCUCCACAGUCCCUUCAGCAACUUUUUUAAGAACCCUCGGGUGUAGACCAUCUGGUUGAGGAGACUUGUCUAUCUUAGGACCUUUCAGUUUCCCCAUCACUUUUUCCCUAGUAAUGGCAAUUUCACUCACCUCUGUGCCCCUGACACUCUCAAAUUCCAGCAUAACUGCUAGUGCCUUCAACAGUGAAGACUGAUGCAAAAUACUUAUUUAGUUUGUCCGCCAUUUCCUUAUCUCCCAUUACUACCUUUCCAGCAUUAUUUUCCAGUUGACCAAUAUCUACUCUCAUCUCUCUGUCAGUAUUUUUUCAUUUUUCAAAACAAUACUUUAUAGUAUUUCUCAUGGUACUUUUAGGGGUGAGAAUGUGGGGUAUUGAGGAGCAUUUUUUUGUAUGGAGUUCAGCACCACACUGACUCAGAAUUGAAAAGAUUAAAUACUAUUUGUCAUGAAGUGGUCCACAAGCAUCGGUUGGAGGGCAUUUUAGGUAUGCAGAAAGCAUUUCAUUCCAAUUUCAUCACCAGAUUGAGGAUGGGCCUGAGUACUGGGUGGGGUCUUUACUCUGAGAAAUAAAAAAAACUUAGGCACAGCAGCCUUCUGAGUGUUUUUAUUAUAUUAGAAUUUGCCACUGAAUAUGGUUGUUUUAUUUUACUGAAGGGACUUGUUGGAUGACUGGGAAAUAAUUGGAAGGUUUCCAGUGUAAAUGGCAGUUAAGAAACCAAAGGGUCUCAAUUCUAGGACAUUGUUCAUCUUGCACCAGUUCUUAAAGUGUCCUAUUUCUAUUGCCAUUUCAACUACCUGUAUAUUGCUUCACAAAAUUUGAAGCUGUACCACAUUGUCUCUGGUUUAAAAAUAAAUCUUUAUUUCCUAAAUGC